GUGGAUAUUGAAACAGGUCAAGAGGGGCAACUUAAUUCAAGACUUGAAGAUAGACAUUCUUCAGGCUAUCUGUUAUUUGAUGAAUUUUUAAACAUUCCUAAUAAAAUUAUUAUCUAUAAGGUUUCUAAUGAUAAAGUUAUAGAAGAACUUGUUAAUACAUUUAGUUCUGAAGGUACAAAUAAAUUAAGUGAGAUAGAUAAUUCUAAUGAAUUAGAUAAUAGUAUUGAACUACUAAUUAUUAGUGCUACUGUUGCAUUAGAGAAUUUAUUUACUUCAAAAAAAUGA